AUGUUCCACACCCUGAGGCGGUACAAGGCGGUGCACGGGGACACCUUAGUCAGCCCGAAGUACGGCGACAAGGACGAGUACGACUGGGUGGUGCUGGGGAGGUGGCUCAAGCGCCAGUCCAGGCUGUUUGCGAAGCAGAAGCUGCCCGAGGUGCGCCGCCGCAUGCUCUCCGCCCUGGGCGUAACCCUCCGCCUGCCGCGGCGCCUGCUGGCGCGCUGCGCCGCGCUGCGCGGCAUGAACGUGCACGAGAGGAGGCUGCAGCGCCGCCGCUGGCGCGAGGCCGACCGGCGGCGGGCCGCGGGGGCGGCGCUCGUGCGGGCGGGGGGCCAGGAGCUCGAGAGUGCGGCCGCCGAGGCGGACGCACGGAAGCGGCAGAUGCGGCGGGAGCUAUUCAGCAGCGCCGCGGCGGCGGCGCGGGCCCGCCGGCGGCAGCUGGUCCGUGGCAGCGGCGCGGCCGCAGUGGCAGCGGCAAGGGCUGGCUUCGCAAAGGAGCGUGCUGCUGAGGAGGGCGUACGUGGGGCGCCGUCAUUGCAGGCUCCGCAGACGCGGCUGAUCCUGCCAGAGCCGUCCACGGACCCGCCGCUUUGGCAGGCGGCGCCCGAGAGGGCGGGGGCGCUGGAGGAGGCCGUGUCCCUGUUUGGCGCACCGCUGCGCGCGCUGCAGCCGUUGGAGGCGACGCAGCCACACGCACCACACCAGCAGCGGCAGCAGCAGCAGGAGGAGGAGGAGCAGCAGCAGGAGGAGGAGGAGCAGCAGCAGCAACAGCAGCAGCGGCGGCCGCGGCAGAUGUGGCAUGAGGAUGCGGACGAAGGCGAGGAGGACGUCUGGGAGGAGCGCAGCAACUGGACGACGCCCAACGCUUCCCCCACCUCGCCCACUGCUCGCCGCGACGCAUUGCCAGGCAUCAAGCACCGCCGCAACGCCGCCAGCAUUCGCGUGCACGGGCGGCCGGGGCGCGUCGUCGUGUCUGUGUUUGAGGACGCCGCUCCCAGCCCGCGCUACCUGUCACGCGACCCCUUGCACUCAGCCGCAGCCAGCCCGGCCGCCCCCGUCACGCGCCGCGGCGGCGGCGAGGCAGGCGUUGCGGCCGUCGGGUCCGGCCGCACGGCGGAGGUGGCGCGGGUGCCGGAGGCGCUUGCAGCGCUGCGGCGGCAGCUGCUGAUGGAGGCGCCGUUUCACGUGGGCGUGGGGGGCACUUACAGCCGCGUGAUGGAGCGGUUCACCCCUGGCGCGCUGUCGCAGGCGUGGGAGCACGUACGGUGGUCGGCGCAGGUGCAGCGGCGGCAGCAGCAGCUGCAGCUACUGCAGCAGCAGCAGCAGCAGCAGCACAAGUCUCAGGAGGGCGCGAGGCGGCAGGCCAGCAACCGGCAGCAGCAGCAGCCGCAGCAGCAGCUGCAGCAGCAUGAGCGUGCACCGCAAGGCGCCCGCAGUGCCGCCCCCGCCUCAGCGGCCGUCCCCCCGCCAGCGGCUCCCCCGCCGCCACGGCCCCGCCGCCUAUGCGCCGGCGCCGACGGCUCCACAUGGGAGGCUGCCGAAGUUGCGGCGCUCGCUGGGCAGCUGCGGGGCGGCUUCCUUCACCUGGAGGAGCUGUCCCUCACUGUCCCCUGCACAACGUACGGGCCCCACGCCGCCUCGCUCACCGCGGCACUGACCGUGCUCGUGCGGGCCCUCCGUUCGCAGCCCGCCCUCAGACAACUAGAGCUGCGCGUGUGCGGCGCCGGCUACGCGGCCGUGCUGCGCCAGGGGGGCACGGGCGUCCGCGCGCUCGCGCCGCUGUGGGCGCACGUGCUCGGCGCCCUGCGCGGCCUGGCGGAGGCGCUGCCCUCCCUGCGGCAGCUGAAGCUCGAGGCGCCGCCAGGGGUGCUGCCGCCUGACGCGCUGCAGCGGCUCGCGGCGGCGGCGGCGCGCGCGCCGGCGCGGGUGAGGGCCGCGGUGCUGCUGGGCGCGCACGCGCGGGCCGGGGCGGGCAGCGGGCUGAGGCUGCUGCCGGCUGAGGUUUUGGGACGCAUCCUGGACCUGGCGGCGCCCAAGCGGCCGUGCGAGCUGCAGCUGCGGCUGCCAGACCCCCUGGACCUGGGCGGCAGCAGUAGCAGCAGCAGCAGCAGCAGUAGCAGCAGUAGCAGUAGCAGUAGCGAAGACGAGGAAGACGACAGCGACAGCAGCGGCGAUGGAGGCGAGGGCGGUGGCGGCGGCGGCGGCGGUGAUGAUGAUGGUUGA